ACACCAACAGGAGUUCUCACAGCCAGCAUGAACCUUUUCUGCUUCUCCCUGGAGGGGUCGAUGGACAGCCUGUAUGAGGCUGUGCAGAGCUCCACUGAUGGCCCACCGCCGCCCAUCCCCAGCCGCUCCUCCAGCCGCUCCUGCAGUCGUUCCUGCAGCCGCUCCUGCAGCCCGGCGGUCCUGCUGGACGACAACACAAAGUGGGGAGGCUCUGGAAGAUCUAUUUCUAUGGACAUGCCUCAGAUGCAGGGGACCAACUGCAACAAAAAGAAAAGAAGAACACAUAUAUCCAAAUCAGCAUCAGAUAAUGAAGCACUUGAUAACCCCAGCUGUAAUACCGCAGUCUGGCAGCCCGCCAAGAGCCGAGAAGAUUUAGUCCACAUCACCAACAAUCACAAUGAAGAGAUGAGGAAGACUAAACACAGAACAGAAACCAAAGAUGGGAAAGGAGCUCAUCAUUCUGGCACAAAGAAGAAGGAGAAACCGCCCUCGAGCCAGAGUGUCCAUGCCAAUGGUGUGGCGACAGAGUCUAAACCUGCUGUCAAAAGAAGCCAAAAGCCUGGAAAGAAACCAGCUGGAAAGAGCGGGAAAGAGGCGUCGAAGAAAAGCCACAAUGCCACAGUUCACUCCCCACCGUCUAUUAUGAGUCCAACCAUGGGGCCCCACUAUCUGGACGUGCCAUACAGGUCAGACAGGAGACCCUACAUGGGCAAGUCCUCCACCCUACCUGCCCAGGAGAACACUACCCCGGGCCGAUGCACAGAAAUAGCUAACCUCCCUGGUGGAGCGACACCCACCCACGCCCACCACCAGCGCUGGAGCAACCCAGGCGACAGCGGUCCUGCCUGGGGGGCCGCUCAGCACACCUGCCGCAGACCGCUCACAGAGUAUCGCGUGUACUCCCACGACUUUGCCACGGCUCAAGGGAAGGAGUGGGAGGGCAAACAGCAGCAAGGGACGGCCCAGGAUGGCAGCUUGAAACGGGAUUGUAAACCCAAGAUUCCCCCAAGAGUGCCGCGAUCGAGCACAGACGGGGAUCUGUCAGAACCAAAUCGAUACUGCUUCAAGAGACACAAUGCCAAUUGCCUCACAUCCUGUGUUGUAAGGAAGUGGGCCAGCCAGCCCAUCAGACAGGCAGCCUGA